ACCGCACUAACCGGAGCCCCAUGGCGUCUUCCUCAAGGUCCAGCGGUCCCCCGCCAGAGCUCGGCCAGGACAGCAUGGAUGUGGACGGCCCAGCCCCCAAUGGCAGCGCAAACGACGCGAUCCCCGCACCGCGAAUCCGCGCAUCCUCCAUGCCCGCGACGCUCCGGGCGAACGCUUACCACGUCGGCUACGUAUACUCGAGCAAGAUGAUGUCGCACAGCUGCGUGCAUGGCCACUGCGAGCAGCCUGAGCGCAUCUCGCGAAUUUUUGAUAUACUGAACCAGAACGACUGUUUGAAGAAGAUGAAGCGACUGCCCAUUCGGCGUGUUUUACGGGAGGAAGCGCUCCUCGUUCACAGCCAAGCGCUCUGGGACAAGGUCCUUGCACUGCAUUCGCUGACCGACCAGGAUAUAGCAGACUCGGAGGCAUACUAUAAUGACCUGUCCCUUUACGUUCAUCCUACGACACCAUAUGCCGCUCAGCUAAGCGCAGGUGGCGUCAUUGAGGCUACCCUAGCCGUCGCCCGAGGGGAAGUGAAGAAGGCCUUCGCCAUCGUUCGUCCGCCCGGUCACCACGCCGAACCGGACGAACACAUGGGCUUCUGCUUCUUCAACAACGUUUCAAUCGCCGCCAAGGUCGUCCAACUCAAGUCGACCCUGAAGCGAAUUCUCAUUCUGGAUUGGGACGUACAUCACGGCAAUGGCACGCAGCGGGCCUUUUACGAUGAUCCAUCCGUCCUUUACAUCUCCCUUCACCGCUACGAAGGCGGAAAUUUCUAUCCCAACGGACCGUUUGGUAGCAUGACAUCCUGCGGCGAGGGCGCAGGUCUUGGCUAUUCCGUCAAUAUACCCUGGCCAGAGAAAGGCAUGGGCGACGCCGACUACAUUCUCGCGUUCCAGAAGAUCGUUAUGCCUAUCGCCUUAGAGUUCUCCCCCGACCUCGUCAUCAUUUCUGCGGGGUUCGACGCCGCCGAAGGCGACGACCUUGGCGAAUGCCACGUCUCUCCCGCGGGCUACGCCCACAUGACGCACAUGCUUUCCUCGCUUGCCGGCGGAAAGCUCGUAGUCGCGCUGGAGGGCGGGUAUUGCCUGGACGCCAUCGCCGCGUCCGCAUUAGCAGUCACACGUGUAGUCCUCGGGGAGAUGCCGCCACAGCUUCCACCGCUUACUGCAUCUGAGGCGGCGACGGAGACGAUCUGGCAAGUCUCUGCGGAGCAGAGCAAGUACUGGAAGAACCUCGACCCUAAAGUGUGCGAACCUAUGGAAGAGCUCGAGCAAAUCGCAUUGUCGCUACCAGAGCUGCUGAAAGCUCACCGCCAAGAUUAUCUCUUCCGCACGCACGGGAUGCUCGAGGUUCCUCUCAUGAGCGCCCCCCUCAUCGAACGGUUCAAUGCUCAGGUGUCGUGCACAUCCGAUAUCAUGGACAACGACACCCUCAUCGUCUUCGCCCACGAAUUCGGCAAUUUGGCCGUAGAGCUGGACUCCGUCACGCAUUGCAACGUCCGCCAGGAGCAUUCGUACCUCAUUGACUGCUCCAAAGCACUACUUACGUGGGCGAAAGCCGAAGGGUACGCAGUACUAGACGUUAAUGUCUACCCUAAACCCUUCCCGAAGACGAAGCUCAAGCACACAGACGACUACGGAGGCGCGGUGAUGGUAUACCUGUGGGAUAACUACGUGCAGCUGACGGGUGCUCGACGAGUGGUCCUCGUCGGCCACGGCCCUGGCUGUAACGCCAUCAUGAGCCUGAUUGCCCAGCGCGCCGCGAGUGUGCUGAAGACUGUCGAAGGCGUCGUACAGGUCGUCGGACUGCACAACGUCCCCACCACCCCGCCAAACACGCCCUCCCUCCGCCAAUGGUACUUCGACAACUCCAUCGUCGUCGUACCGUCAAACCACCCCAUCUUCCAUGACUCAAAGACGAUGAAGAAGCACGGCCAGGUCUUCCGCAUCGACGAGGAGAAGCCAAUCAAGCUCAUCAUCAAGGCCAUGCCCGGCAUCCAGGGCUUCAUCAAGGACAAGUUCUCGAAUGCAAGCGUGAACGGAGAUGCCACCUCCUAGGACCACCCAUUUCUUUCCCGAGCCGGACGUGUAGACAUGCCUCCUCUAUCCCUUCUGUUGUCGAUACUCGCUCUCCUUGUUAUGUGUGGAAUACAUGUUGUCCCAAACCAGACCAUCGAGCACACCGGAGGCGCCUGCAGGCUCCUUGAGUAACAGAGACAGAACGCAGGGUAAUAUGUUGUCCAAUCUAUGUAUUGACUAGCGCAAAGAGAGCGGGACGUAUGGUUUUCUCCAGCAGCCGCUCCCACGUCACUAGGACGGGAUGGCAUACAAUCAGACAGAUUGCGAAAGCAGGCUGUUAAGCUUGUUGACACGCGACGCAACGCUGAGGUCGAUAGUCUUGUCACCGAAGUCCACGACGACACCGCCCAGCACGGACGAGUUGAUCUUGUUAGAGAUCUUGAGCGACUUCGCCGCCUGCGCCGCCUGGCUCUGCUUCAACAGCGCCUCCAACUUGCUCUGCACAUCCCUCGGCAGCGGCGCCGCGCUCGUAAUCGUCACAUUCAGCUCGCCCUUGUACCCCGCAACGAGCUCAUUGAACCCCUCAAUGACACCCUCCGUCUCGACCAGCCGCCCGUUCUGCGACAGCACGACGAACAGGUUUUUCGUGAUGUCCGACGGCGCCUCCUUGCCCGCCGCGGCGUAGAGGGCCGCGAGCCCCGCCUCGCGCUCGCCCGCGGACAGCGUCGGGUUCGAGAUGAAGGUUGCAAGCUCGGGCGUCGCCUUGACGGCGGAGUGGAUCGCGUUCAGCUCGGUCUGCACCUUGCUGAGCACCUGCGGGGACGACUUGAGCGCGGCGGAAAAGACCGCGUUGGAGUACUUGAGCGCGAUGGUGCUCGCGGCGCGGCGUCCGAGGCCAGCGGAGAGGGCGGCUGAGCGAGCGGCAGCGAACAUCAUGGUGAGAGAGACGAGGGAGGAGGUAGACAGGUAGCU